UCUGUGUAUUGAAGUUUGUGUAUAUUUACUUUGUGGCCGUCUCCAUGUCGGUGCCUGAAAAAACUCAAGAAAUUGACGUCUUGUAUGAGAAUCAAAGAGGCAUCUUUUUCUGUGGCAUCCCGUUGUUUUCUGCGCAAUCGCUGUUAAAUUUUGAUCCAGCACCAUGGAUCGACAAGAACAUGAAGACGUCGCCGGUAUCUGUAGAGACCGCAGCGUGUCCGGAUCCCAGCUGGGAAUGGGCCUGGCAACGCUGGUACGUCGACAUGUCUGAUGAUGUUGAUGAGUCUGGCUGGCAAUACGCAUUCUCUUUCACCAUUUCCAAUUGGCAUGGCAGGCCCUUAUGCUGUCAGUCGUUUGUCCGUAGACGGCGGUGGAUCCGUAAGCGGAAAAAACGCUCCAUUGACACUCGACAUAACGCCGUUUCUGAUUACUUCACCCUUACUUCUUCCUAUCCCGUUCACACAUCGUCCCUGUUUUCCCCCGAGAGCCAACAGAACAUGACUCUUGACCUGACCGAUGCAACCACCAUUUCUGGCCUCAUUAACGCCCUCCAAAAGUGCAGGAUUGACCGAGAAAAGAUGUCUGUCCUCCGGCACUUUCUCCGUGCAUGCACUCCCCAAGAAUUGCCCCAUCUCCACAAGUUUUCCGAACACAUCCUCAGCACGUUUGUAUACGAACAGAAUCGUUUCGAAGCUUGUGACCUUCUUGAACACGCCGCCCGCUCCCCUACCAUCGAACAACCUUCCCAUGACGCUGCUGACGCUAGCACCAGCAACGCUGCCUCUCACCCUGAAACUCGACCGGUUCCUUUCACUCCCGCAUGAGUACAUUUUUCAUUUUGUCUAUUUAGUGGAUCGUCGCAUACUCCACCUCACGCAUGUGCAUCCAGGCUGGUUUUGAAGGCCCGGCUUGCGCUUCCAGCAUCGCUGAGUACAUAGCUGUCAGUGCUGCUUCCACAUCUGCAGUGUCUUGAACCGUCGCAUCGAAUACCCGAUACCAUUCGUCGGGGAGUUUGCGAUGGUGAAUCCGUGCUGCAAGGGCUACACAUCCUACUGCAACACAGAAUGGCGCUAGCGAAACGCAGAGCCGCGUUCGCAGCGCAUCGUUCAUCAGGUUCCAGCACGUUUGCACAAACUGUGUAUCUCUGACUAGACCAAGCGUCUGCAAGUACUGCACUCCAAGUGCGUGUGGAAGCACCACAUGCAGCUCAAAGUUGAGUGCCUCGAGCACAACAAGCUCUCGCCGGAGCAACUCCUCUGUCGUCCUCAGCAACAGCUCGUCAUACAACGACGGAAGGACGAAGGGAUCGCUGCUCGUAUUUUCAGUUGCGUCAGUACCGCCAGCCGUGCAUGCGUCCGUUUCUUUCUUUUCAAUCUUGUCCAUCCCACAUACGUACAUGCCCACCGUACACAGCUGCUUUAUCGACACCGCCGUCUCUGCGGCUUUACAACCCAGCAGCAGACAUGUCAGUGCUGUCAUUCCCACCUCCAAAUUGUUUACCCGUCUUAAUGUACAGUACCUCCGAAACAGCACCAACGAUGUGCCUACGACUCGUUGCCGUCUACGAAGUUUGUUAGCAAACUACUGCUACUAUUGCCGCUGCUUAAGCUUUCAAUGAUGCAUACAAUUCUAGUAGGACGCCCAUCACCUGGAUCCAAUGACUCCCAAUGAGACACACGCGUUCGGCAUCUUCUUUCUCAUCAAAUGCAGCCAGUUGCUCUCGAGUCGCAAGUACAUGGACUAACGAAUUUGCCAUUUUGGAGACAACGCAAGGGCUCACGCACGUACCUCUGUCUACUGUGCUCCUGCGCAGUAGGGCUCACCGCCAAAUGAGGUUUAAUGAACUGUAACGAACAUUUUCGAAAACCACUAACAUUCGUUACACUGCACUACACGCUAUUAC